CACAGGGGCAGGCCAGUCGGGCUGUUAUGCCCCUUUCAGAUCUUGCUCGCGGUAUAGCUGUGUCUUCCACUGUCCUCGCGAGUAUCAGAGCAAGUAGGACCUGAAUUCUCUGUGUCUUCGACAGCACGAAGAGUUAGCAUGUUUCCUUGUAACUUUCUGGCGCUCUGCAUCUUUCUACUGACUGCGCCCCCACGCUUUGUACUCGGCCAAACUUUCAACGAAGGGGGCGCAUGGGUGCGGCAGCCUGAUCCUUCCACAGACACCAACAUCACAAUUACCAUAGCCCUGGCGAACCCGAAACGAGAAGAGGCAGUCAACGAGCUGCUGGCAGUCUCAGAUCCGGGGUCACCAAAGUAUGGGAUACACUGGAGAAACAAAGAUGUCCAGGAGAAAUUCUCCCCAUCAAAGGACACGGUCCGAAAUGUCCUGCGUCAAAUCUCCGCGUCAGGAUUAAGCAUGUACAAAGCCGGGUACAGAAGUGGCUUGAUACACCUGACCUGUCCGGCAUGGCAGGUGCAAGAUGUCUUUCGAACCAGCCUGCUUCACUACAGACACCGGUCCACGGGAGCGACCACGUAUCGGUUCCAGGACAGCUACCACAUACCUCCCGAGCUAGAACAGGAUGUACUUUGGGUUGCGCCGGUAUUUGAUCAUCCUGAAGCAAGUAGAAGCACUCAGCACCCUUCGUCUCAUCAAGUCAGAGGCGAACAAGACUGCGUUUCCAAUGUCACUCCUAGUUGCCUGCGCGAAAUCUACAAGAUACCACAGGACAACUACACUCAUCCCGACAACUCGAUCGGAUUCUUCUCGCCCGGUUGGUCAUCGUGGAUCUCCAGCGAUCUCGACGAGCACUUUGCAGCGCACGCGCCUGAGCUUCUGGGACACAUGCCUUCGGUGGUUCCGAUAAACGACGGAUAUAGGCAGACAGACGUUCAAUCUGACCCUUUCAACCUCGAGCCUAACAUGGAUGCCGAGCUUCUAAUGACCCUGGCGUACCCUCAGAACGUCACAAACUUCCAGGUUGGCGAUAGCACCCACCCUGGUAACGUCAAUACGUUGCUUGCCGCUUUCGACGAUACGUAUUGCGACCAAUUGGAUGGCGUACUCGAUCCAAUCGUCGAUGUAAAAGAUGUCGACUGCGGCACUAUCCAACCCCCGAACGUCCUGUCAAUUUCAUAUGCGUGGGCAGAGACAGACUUUCCCCCAGAGUACCUCGCCCAUCAAUGCCACGAGUUCCUCAAACUUGGUCUUCAGGGGGUCACCGUGAUUGUCUCAACUGGAGAUAUGGGCACAGGCAGACAUCCCGAUGGGGAGUGUGGUGACAAGACAUCCAAACCACAAUUUGUCCCCUCGUGGCCAGCCUCCUGCCCUUGGGUCACAGCGGUGGGGGGUACGAAGUUCGUUGCCACCGAAGACGAGGGGACUGUCACCUCGUGGAGGAAUCUGCCGUCCACAGGACUCCCACAUGAGCGCGACACUGACGAGGUUGCCUACUUCCGCCCCAACGACGACGGUAAUCGUAGCAGCGCCGGUGGUAUGAGCAAUGCUUUCGCCACCCCUGAGUAUCAGGCACAGCACGUGAGUCGGUACCUCGAGCAACAAUCGGACCAUCUCGACAGCUUCCGAGGCCAGUUCAACCAGUCCGGCCGAACUUAUCCUGAUGUCUCUGCGGCGGCCUCGUUCAUCCAAGUCUUCACGGGUGGUCGAUUCCAUUCGGUGUCCGGCACGUCGUCUUCGGCCCCUAUUUUUGCGGCGAUAGUGACCAAGAUCAACAAUGAGCGUCUGCGCUCUGGGAAGGGACCCGUUGGGUUCAUCAAUCCCACCUUGUACGCGAACAAACAUGUGUUCCAUGACGUAACGGAGGGUUACAACACUGGAUGCGGUGUUGACGAAGCAUUCCGAUCGGCUGAAGGUUGGGAUCCGGUGACGGGGCUGGGUAGCCCAGACUAUGAAGCGCUUUUGGACUUAUUUAUGAGCAUAUAGUAGCUGUACUAGAAGCAUGUGAGCAACUGCAUGCAGCAAUACUUUCACGCUAGGCCUCUCAUAUCGUCAGAUGGCAGUACCAACUCCCGCCACUCGAGCGAGGGAUCCAAGCACGUAGCUCCCGCGGCUUUACACUCGCCACAAAUGUCGAAUUUCCCCUGACAGCAAUCAGGACAUUGGUAGGUCCCCAGCUCGGUUGGGCCAUAGCCAACGGAGGACCGCGUGCAGAUGCUGCAGUGCGGAUCCUGGCGGGUUCCAAGUAGGUCUCCCCAAAGCCUU